AUGUGGAUUCGACCUUUGGUGGACUGGGUGGACCUGAUUCCCAGCCCAGUCCGGCAACGGACCCGCGAGCUCCGGUAUCCGGCCCUUCAGCUGGCCUCCCGGGACCUCGAGGUGUCUUGGCAUCGAAUCUGGAUGGGAGUCCUGACUGGAGUGCUUAGAGCGGUGCAAACCUUGCCGGCGACCAUGGAGAAUCUUGUGGCCCGGUCUACCGGAGGAAGGUCUGGUCCGGGAACGCCUGCUCAACAUGACAGUGUCGAGUAUGCCUCGGUGAGGUCCUCGGCUGAGCGGGGAUUACCGCCCCCGCCACCAGCAACGGCGGCCCAAGAUCCUUUGUUUGAUGUGCCUACUCUGGUGAGAAUGCAGCAGAUGCAGGAAGCUGCUCCGCUGCUAUAUCCAGCGACUCCGCUGGAAUUCACUGGACCACGGCAACUAACCGAAGUUAUGGCUGUGAGGGAUGAGGAGAGCCGAAGGCUCCGCGCCCAGGUAGAGGCAUUGUCCAUGGAAAACCAUAGUCUUCGAAUGAGGGCCGAAUUUGAAUCUCACGCGGGGUACGAAGCUCCUCCGCAGCCACCGCCCGAACCCAUUCUAGGAAAUGUUCCGGACAGCACCUUUGUCGCAGCCGCAGGACCUAACGUCUCUGCGAUUCCCAAGGCGCCGGCAGCUGUCACCUCAUUGGGAGGACCAGGAGCACAGGGGUUGGACCCCAUGACAGUUGUGUUGAGUGGCAUGGCCCAGUUGCAGAGCGUGGUUCAAGAAAUGGCUAGCCCAAAGAAUACCCAGAAGCCUGAGGUCAUCAAGCCCGGAGUAGUUAGUCUCCCAGAGUUACCUCCCCACGGCCCAGAGUCUUGUUUGAGCUUCGCGGAUUGGCUGCAUGCCUCGAAACCCGCUCUAGCUGACAUCUCUGAUACCUCGGAGACUCUGUGGACUACGACCAUAGCUGAGGCCCAGGAGUGGUAUGCCGGCUAUUUGAAGCUGGAUCCCUUAGGCCGGCUCACGGCAAAACCCAAGGCUUCAGAUGAGCUGGAAGAAGUGGACUCGGCGUCGCUCCAAAUCGACUUGACCCCGGACGAUGAGAAGGUUCGAAAGUUUCAUGCUCAACUGCUUGGGGAGUUGGAGGCAAUUGCGCACAGGGGUGAUAAGGAUAAGGGAACCCGAGACCCUCCGUCACCAGCUCCAGCGAAGGUGAAGGGUGUAGAGGCUCCAGCCCCUAAUCCACCGCCGCCCAAGAAGCCUCCUAAGAGCCCUCCGAAGGCCCCGAGUAAUGCCAAGGCAGGCUCUCAGGACUCAACUUCCGCUGCCAAAGCCCCAUGUUCGUUCUACGUGGGACACAAUGGGUGUAAGAAGGGAGCGGAUUGUGCCUAUGAGCAUGAUUGGAACGGCUUCUCGACGUCCGAGAAGGCUGCGAGGUGCAAGGUGUGUGGGUCCAAAACCCACAAGGCCGUUGACUGCAAGGCCGGUGCCAAGCCGGAGGAAGCCAAGGGGAAGGCUCCGCCGGCGAGUGAUGCUAACCAGCAGCAAAUCAAGAGUCUUCUAGCCGAUGCCGCAUGGAUACUCCAGCAAUCAAUGCCGACGACGCAAUCCCCUGGAGUAGAGUCAGUCCCGACAGUCCCGGCUACCCCAGUCCCAGCACAGCCUUUGGCGACUCAGGCCCAGGCGUCCUCCACGGCACCUGUUCAGGGUACGCCUGUAACCCUGGCCUCUCUCAGCGCCCAGCUCGACACUCUUCGUGGGCUGUCGCGGGAUCCAGAGAUUAGGGUGAUAAAGGGACCGGAGGUUUUGGGUGAGUCUUCGGAGGUGCCUGGAUUGGGGGUUGGAGUUUCGGUGAGUAUGCUAAGAGCCCAGUUGGAUGCUCUGAGGAAGGCUGUUGAGAUUUUUGAAACCAAGGUUCAGACCAAGGAUGAUCGGAGCGGCUCUGGUGGUGUUGCCUUGUUGGAUAGUGGGGCAACACAUGCAGUCAUCUCGUUCCAUGACAGGCUGCAGAACCUGGAGCCUGUCCCAGUUACUUUAGCCGGUGAUGAGAGGCAGGAGUGGCUGAGAACGGAAGGGGGCACUCUUGUCAUCCCCCCAAGCCGGGAGGCUGAUGCCCCUAAGUCCUCUCAAACAAUCCUCCCACUGGGGGCUUUGGUUGAGACGUUGGGUUGCCAGGAUCAACGAGUAGACCGCUUUAAGCAAAGGGUGCAGAAUCUGGAGUGUCAGCUGAAUGCCUUUGAUCAGAUUGAACUCGCGGAGUCAUUUCCCGUCGGAAGUUCCGAGACUGCCAAGGCACUUUUGAAGCGGGUGACCCACUCAGCGUCUGGGCAAGUGAAAGGGGAAUGCCAAUUCUCCGUGUGGAUCUCCGCCAGCAGGGCGGAAGGGGUAGUUGAGUUUUCUCAGGGUGCUCUAGGAGGUGAGUUCUUGAGACCCACGGCCUUGAUCACAAACCUGGAUUUGAGCUACCUUUCAUCCCUCAAACCUUGUGGCAGCCCUCUGACCCCUCCCGGGGGAAGGGCCUGGACGAUCCAGUUGCGCACUGCCUUGGUUAAGGUGUUGUCUGGGAACUACCUAGGGCCCCCGUAUGAGGUUCUUGAUCGGGAGAUAUCUUGUCGGAUAAAGGGGCAGUCUGUCUGCUGUGAGCCUCCGACGACUAAUGCUCCUUCCGUGGAUCCAGAGCCUCUGGAGGCUGACCUGGAGGCCCAGGCAUUGCGCAGAUCCUUUGAAGAAGACAGCGAUCUUGAUUGUGAUCUUGAAGAGGAUGUUUUGAUUGAAGAGUUGUGUGUUAAGGAAAUUGAGGGGGACUCUCCAGCCCCGGCUAGUGGUGAGAACCCUAAGCUUGAUCCCAAGGAGCUAGGCAUGAGUAGUGCAGAGCUUGAGGGAUGGAAACAGCAUCUGAGCAACGGACAUCUCCCUUAUCGUAGGGACUGCCGGCAAUGUGUGGAGGGUUCAGGGCUAGGUGUCUUUCACAAGCGAGUCCGCUUUCCAAAGUCAUUUGCGUUAUCGGUUGACCUCUUCGGUCCGGUUCCGCUGCCAGAAGCAGGACGGGAUGAGGGAUGUGUCACUGGUAAGUCGAUCCUUCGCUAUGGAUUAGUGGGUGCCUUCCGUGUGCCAAGGUCGGUCAUUCAGUUAUCGAGUGGACCAGAUGGCAUUAAGGAUCUGUUUAAAGGGGAGACCCCUGAAGCACCCCCAGCGCGGGAUGAACUAGCCGAGUACGAACCUUCUAAUGCAAGUGACGAGCUGUUCCCAGAGCUAUUUGCCUCACACCCGGAUGCCAAACGACAGAUCCAGGAGGAGCAAGGGUCAGUGCCAGAUGCUGAGGUCAAGUCCGCGGAGACCCCCGAAGUGUCUGUAUGGGACUCUGGUGAUCUCCCGGAGGACCCGGGUGAGCUGGCAAGCUUAAUCAAGGAGUUGAAUGAGCCGGUGGAUCAGGUAGUUUUGAGAUACUUCAUUCCGCUACGCACUAAAUCCGGUGUUGAGGUUGCAGAAGCCCUCCAACGAAUGAUCUUGGGGAUAAACCAGAGGUUUCCAGUGCGGAGCAUCCAUCACGAUCCCGGCACUGAAUUCGGGUCGGCAGCUCUUAGCAAGUGGUUGGCCAACCACGGAGUAAGGGUCCAGCAUUCCCUACCCACCGAUAAGAGAGCCAACGGCCUGGCCGAACGGACCGUAGGCUGGAUUAAGUCCCGAAUCCGUACGUUGUUGAAUGGCGCCGGCCUUUCGGUAGGCUGGUGGCCCCUAGCCGCCCGCUGGGCGGUUGCCAAACACAAUCGGAAUCUUCUAGGCGAGCCUGACCUACCGGCCUUUGGCCAACGCGUGCUGCACCGUGUAAAGCAGCCGGCAGACGGCACAAAGCAGUUGAUGGAGCGCUGGAUCGAAGCACAAUAUGCAGCUCCGCACCGCUCGAUCCCAGAUGGACAUGUGUUGAUCAAUGCAGCGGGGAAUUUGGUAGCUUCUCGGGGUUUCAGGUCGCAUGUGAUAGACCCCACCAAGCUCCCAGACUUACAACCCCCACUUCUUCAGGAGGAGGAUGCCGGGGAACCCGUGGACACGUUGAUGAAUGAAUCGGGUGUGCCACUGAAAAGGUUGAGAGACAAGACCUCUGUCCGGUUCCUUGAGUGUUUGGAGUCUCCCACUUCCGAGGAGGUGGCCCAUGAGCUCUUGAUUUCCCAGGAUUUGAGCCUGAAGGGAGUCCAUGGAGUUUUGAGUGCCUUUGCCCAGGAGGAGGAGAGCACAGGAGACAGGAGAGGUAUCGCUGAAGGAAAGUACGUCCUUGGCGCGUACUGUCAUGGUGGCCUGAGAGGAGUCACUGGUUUGACCAAGAGGAAGCCUUGGACCACCAGGCUUUUGAACACCGUGCUGGCUUCCCGUGUCAGUGCUUGUGAAGGGGUUAGACCCACAUGGUCAGCGUUGAUGUUGAUGCGUGCAGGGGAUGUAGAGGUGCACCGGGAUUGGAGGAAUGAGUGGGGCACACUAAACUUUGUAAUGCACGUUCCGGGAGAAGUUCAACUAUGGGUCGAGCCCGAAGAAUCUGCCCGAGUAAAGGGCGGAGUUUUGCCGAAUCCAACUUGGUGUUCCCAGGAGACUCGAGCCCUCACUGAGGUCCCUGUGGCCUUCAAUGCGCGCCGACAUCAUGCAGUACGAAUGCACCAGAACUGGUUGAUAGUGGGUUAUACUCCAUUGGGUACCGGGAAGCUUCCGCAGGGAAGCGUAGCAACCUUGGAGGCCUACGAAUUUCCGAUGCCGUGCCCCACUGGGCUCCAGGGUCAGACUCAGAGUGAGCGCCAACCAGGUCAGGCGGAGACCAGGACCAUCGCUCCGCAACUUAGGGAUGAAGACAAGUAUCGUGUUCAGGUGUUGUCAACGAGCUCCGAGGACAUGUCGGAAUCGAGCAUCGAUUCAAAUGAGCUACGGAGGCAGAUCGAAGAGGCAAGGUUGCUUGAGGGAAGCCCACAGUCCGAUGAGGACUCCGGGCCCCUGACCGUGCAGGAACCAUUGUCCAAUGACUUGCAGCCGGAUAUUAGCUCUCCGUUGAUUGGUUGGGACUUUAGCUCAGGGAAUCCUGGAGACAGACCCCAUGAAGCUCUUGAGAAUGUUGAGUUGGCUGACUACUUAACAGUAAGGGGUGCCCAGCAGGUAUACCGCCAGUUGAGAGCCCUGGGAAUUGAGGUCCCAAAUGAUCUCCAGUUUCUGUUUGUCGAAGAUCUGAUUGAGCAUGGCAUUCCAGAGUGGUUGGCAGUCAGAACGAUGCAAGGGAUACACCCACCCGGGAGGAGUCUCGCAGAACGGUCCGCUGGGAUGUCCCUGAGGAGACACCUGGUGCAGAUCCAACGGCCCGAUUACAAUCAUGUGAUGUAUAUGCAAGAGAUGUGGGGAGAUGAGGUUCAGUCCAGUGUUCCAGCCGUAGGCAGUGAUGAUAUCCCGGAGGAGACUAGUGCAGAUCCGACGACUGACCCAAUGGUCCAGCGAGUUGAUGAGGGAGGUUUCACACCAAAUGUUGAGGAUCUUCUGUCCAGGCUGGAAGGUCCAUUGGAGGCGACGCAUAACGUUGCUCCGGCUGAAGUUCGUCAAAACUUGGCGAAGUGGCGACCAGCAGCUCAAGCUGAGCUGAGCACGUUUGAGGCUAUGGGCGUCAUACGCAAGUUUUACGGUGGCGAGGCCCGGGCUAUAUUGAGAAGUUCGGACUACGAGGUCAUUCCGGGAAAACCGGUCUGUACGGUAAAACCUGGAGAGCCUUACAAAAGGAAAUUCCGCAUUGUGUCGUGCGGAAACUAUGCAAAGACAACAGCCGAGUCCCAGCUCUAUGCUGGUGGUGCUGGGGCAGAGUCCCUUAGAGCACUACUUGCUCACUCAGCGCGUCGUGGUCGUAGGGCGUAUGGGCUUGAUGUGAAAUCUGCUUUCCUCCUUGCUUCGAUCCCGGAUGGGGUCACGAAGCGCUAUACGAUGCGCCCGCCACGUCUGUUGAUUGAGCUUGGGCUGGCACGGGAAGACGAGGUGUGGAUCAUAGACAAGGCAUUGUACGGAUUCAGAGAAAGUCCGCGCUGGUGGUCUUUGUUUAGAGAUGACUUCCUUGCAAGGGCGGAGUGGGACACCCCGCUAGGGAAAGUUACGCUGGAACAAUUUUCCUCUGAAAGCAAUGUCUGGCGAAUGAGACACGAGAAUGGUCUUUGCAUCGGACACUUGUUGGUGUAUGUGGACGACAUGCUACUUUUGACGGAGCCAGAGGUAGCACAGUCAUUCAUUGAUUGGCUAAGGCAAUCCUGGGAAUGCACUGGACUAAAGGAGGCGACUGCUUCAGAUCCACUGCGUUUUCUUGGUGUGGAUAUUUAUGCAGAGGAGAAUGACGCUGGUGACCUUGUAGGGUACAGUUUGGCUCAGGAGUCCUACAUUGCAGAGCUCUUGCGAAGCCAUGAUGUGAAGCCCAACCCUCGUGCAACGUCACCGGUGCCCAAGGAGUGGGUGCGUGAGCUUCCCCAGGAGGAGGAGUUUUCAGAGGCGGAGCUGCGAGCUUCGCAACGAAUAACGGGAGAACUGCUUUGGGUGGCUCAGAGGUCCAGAGUGGACAUCAGCUAUUGCGUGGGCCUGAUGGCAAGCUGGGUGGCUGAUGUCAGUGAAGCCGCUCCGAAUGAGGAGCUUGUACUGCGUGAGGUCAUGCUGUCGGCAACGUGA